AGCAUGCGCUCCUGACACCUGUGGGUCUCAGCAGGUGAGAGGAGAAACGCGAUGGUGACAUGUUUUAUUAGAGCAGCUUAUGAGUUUACUGUGGUUAGCUACGCUGCAAUGACAAGACAAUCUUGUUAGUGUCUAGACUGAUGUGUGUAAAUCUUUGGCUCCACUUCUGGCCUUCCGUUCAAAAGCAGAGCACAAUGAUCCUCCUGAGGAAUGAGAGCUGAUGUCAGUAUGGAGUCUCAUCGGUCCAUCCACAUGGACCAGACCACAGCUGGACACUGUGCUCCAUGCCCAGAGAGCGCCUGCCUGCUCUUGACCUGGAUAGACUGAGAGAAGCCAGGGUUGUCGUAGACAAAGCUGUCAAGAUGCAUAAGGUGUUCUCGAUCCAGGGCAGGUAUCCUGUUAUCAGGGAAGGGCUGAGGGCUAGAGGCUGGGUUGAGCGGUGUAUGGUCUACUCUAAGCGCCGAGUGCGUCGCCAUCAGAGCAGUAGAAACAGAACCGACUCGAAUUAUGCUAUGUGUAGUGAUAGAGAUGAUGACAACUCAAAUGAUGCUGAAAAAGAAAAAGAUGCUGACAGACUUCACAAUGUCAUGUCUCGCCUGGUGUGGAAUGAAAUGGUUUACUUCUACUGGACAAACCGCAGAAAGGCCAUCAACACAAAAAACCUGCAUAAGGAACAGAUAACUAAUCAUUUUUCAAAGGCAGGCAACUUGACCACCAAGACAGGCUUGUGUUUGAAUCUGAGGAAACUACAUUGGUUUGAUUCGGCUGACCCAGACACCUUCUUCCCCCGCUGUUACAGACUAGCAGCACUAGAUGAGAGGCAUGCCUUCAUUGAUGACUACAGGAGGACUGCGUGCACCAGUCUUCUGAAGUACAUUGUGGAGAAGGACCAAUAUGUUCAGGGAGAGAGAAUAAGUCACACCAUACAAGCUGUUAAGGGUAAGAAGAAACAAAGCAAACGGCAGUCUAGCCCAGUGAAUAUUUCCCAAACGAUCAGCAAGGCACUCAAAGUUUGCGAGGACUUUCUGCAGAGUCUGGAGCACAGUGACAUAGACACUAACUUGGAAACACAGCAAACACCCGCACAGGAGUGGGCAGAGUUUUUAGACAGUUACUAUCUAGUUGUGCAUGGUGGAGCAGAGAUUGAUAGCAGUGAUUAUUUAGUGAUCCACUGCAAGGCUAUGCUGCAGAGGAUGAAGAUAGUCAAUCCCCAGCUGGAGAUAGAAGGCAUCCAUAACAUCUGGAUCAUCAAACCUGGAGCAAAGUCCAGAGGCAGAGGGAUCAAAUGUGCUAAUCGUCUUGACCAGAUCCUCGACCUGGUGAAGGGUGAUCCAAAACUUAUCAAGGAAAACAAAUGGGUGGUACAGAAGUACCUGGAGCGCCCCUUCCUUAUCCAUGACACCAAGUUUGAUGUGCGCCAGUGGUUUCUGGUCACCGACUGGAAUCCUCUGACCGUGUGGUUCUACAAAAAGUGCUACUUACGCUUUUCCACACAGCCUUACACGCUAGAUUCAAUGGACAGCUCCGUGCACUUGUGUAAUAACUCCAUUCAGAAGAGCUUGAGGCCCUUGCUACAGCGGCACAGAAGCAUUCCAGUAGACAAUAUGUGGUCGGUUGACCAGUUCAAGACAUUUCUGUGCACCAAGGACCGGGAAGCUCAGUGGGAUACUGUAGUCGUCCCAGGAAUGAAGAGAGCUCUCAUCUAUGCGUUACAGACAGCACAGGAUCUGAUAGAAUCACGCAAAAACACAUUUGAGCUCUAUGGUGCUGAUUUCAUGCUAGAUCGUGACUUGCAUCCGUGGUUAUUAGAAAUCAAUUCUAGUCCCACCAUGGCUCCAUCAACCCCUGUGACAGCCCAUCUCUGUGCUGCAGUGCAGGAGGACACUUUACGAGUUGUUCUGGAUCGGAGAGUUAAGCGCACAGCAAACACAGGAGACUUCCAGCUCAUAUAUAAAAAGGCAGCUGUGAAAGUUCCUCAGUAUGUCCCUCAACACCUGCGUGUUGAGGGAUUCAGAGUUAAAUGCCCCAACUCGCUUCCUCCCCUGAAGUCCUCCAGCUGUGCAGUGCCAAAACACCGUUCCCCAUCAAAGACAAGAGUCCCUCAGCAGAAAAAGUAAAGUCUCUUCCUAAGAUACCAUUAAAGGAUGUAGCUCAAAAACACCAACUGUGGGUUUCUGCCACCUCCUCGUCUUCUUUCUCUCACCCUAUGAUGGUAACUCAACAAUGUCUGACAACAGAAGAGAUGUGUAACAUCUAAUAAGAUAACAUUGUGGAAACUAGAUAAACGAUUUCAUUUUAGUGGUGAUUUUGCAUUAAUUACAGUUUUAUAUAUAGAAAGCCCAAAAUAAUCAUGAAAAGGUCAGAAAAGAAGUAUGAGGGGUUAAAAUAUACCAACAGCGAUCAGGAGGAGAUAGACUGAAAGAACUGGGAUCGCUUUUGUGAAAAACUGAGAUCACUACACUCUCACCGGAAAUCUCUUUCUAACAGAGAUGGAGUAAAAUGCAAAAAGCUAAUGAGGCUUAGUAUUAUUUAAUAUCGCUGACAUUGAGACUCGCUAAUGAAUUCCUCAAACAGAAGAUAAACAGAAUGGAGAAGCUGUCAGUAACGACAGUGAACAGGUGGCGGCGAUCAUGCACAGCUCAACGGUACUGUAAGGGAAGUCCACGCGAAGAAGACACAUGA